CUCUACGCUCUUAGCCCCGGAUUUCAAAUUUGCCUCUCUUCUCUCUCUCGCUCGUUCGCUCUCGCUCUGUGGCUUGGAUGCUGAUUCGAACUGGAUCCUGUUUGAGCAGAAUAUUGCGAGUUCGGCUAGUUCAUGAGCCUCCUCACCUGUAUUCUCCUAAAUCUGGCAAGAGGAAUACGAUUUUGAAGAGACUGGCUACUAAGUGUGUUGACGUAGAGUGAAGAUAGUUGAUUAAUCUUGGUCAUGGACACCGACACACUGAAAUCUGUCUCAGAUUUGCCUGUACCAUUCCGUUCAGCUUUUAGUUUCAGGUACUUCAACUCGCUGCAGAGUGAGUGCUUUCCACUGUGCUUCCACUCGGAUACAAACAUGGUAAUUUCAGCACCAACUGGAAGCGGUAAAACUGUGCUUUUCGAACUUUGCAUUUUGAGGCUUCUCUCCAAGUCUAUCUCCAAGGAAGGAAGGUUUUACCAUGCUAAAGGAACUCUUAAAACAGUUUACAUAUCCCCAUCCAAGGCUUUAGUACAAGAGAAGUUACGGGACUGGAGCCAGAAGUUUAAUUCGUGGGGCAUUAAUUGUCUGGAGUUGACAGGUGACAAUGAAACCUACAACAUAAGGAAUAUACAAGAGGCAGAUAUUAUUUUGACUACACCUGAGAAAUUUGAUGCAGUGAGUCGGUAUCGUGUAACCAGUGGAGGCUUAGGCUUUUUCAGUGAUAUAGCUCUUCUGCUUAUUGAUGAAGUUCACCUGCUCAAUGAUCCACGUGGAGCUGCUCUUGAGGCAAUUGUCAGUAGAAUAAAGAUUCUUUCUAGUAGUCCUGAACUGAGAUCAAGUCCUUUGGCCAAUGUACGUCUUCUGGCUGUAUCAGCUACAAUUCCAAAUAUCGAGGAUCUAGCGGAGUGGCUCAAGGUUCCUGCCCCAGGUGUUAAGAGGUUCGGCGAAGAAAUGAGACCUGUAAAGUUGACGACUAAAGUUUUUGGCUAUGCAGCUGCGAAGAACGACUUUCUCUUUGAAAAGCGCCUCCAAAACUAUAUCUACGACAUUUUGAUGCAAUACUCAAAAGGAAAAUCAGCCUUAGUUUUCUGUUCGACACGAAAAGGAGCACAAGAGGCAGCACAGCUACUUGCUCAGGUUGCAAUGACUUAUGGGUACUCAAACCCAUUUAUCAAAAGCAAAGAACAGCUUGACCGACUAAGAGAAGCUUCACUGGCAUGUGGUGACAAACAAAUGCAAUCUUAUAUUCUCCUUGGUGUUGGUUAUCACAAUGGUGGCCUUUCGCAAAAGGAUCGGAGUCUUGUAGAGGGACUCUUCCUUUGUGGAGACGUCCAAGUUCUUUGCACCACCAACACUCUUGCUCAUGGAAUCAACUUGCCUGCACAUACAGUCAUCAUAAAAUCAACACAACAUUUUAACAAAGAAAAAGGUCUGUAUAUGGAGUAUGAUAGAUCCAUGAUACUGCAGAUGUGCGGCAGGGCAGGAAGACCGCCCUUUGAUGAUACAGGAAUGGUUAUAAUUAUGACUAGAAGAGAAACAGUUCAUCUGUAUGAGAAUCUCUUGAGUGGAUGUGAAAUAGUUGAAUCGCAAUUGCUUCCAUGCUUAACGGAGCACCUAACGGCAGAAAUAGUUCAGCUUACUAUCUCCGAUAUUACACGGGCAAUUGAGUGGAUGAAGUGCUCCUACUUGUACGUGAGAAUGAAAAAGAACCCAGAGAACUAUGCUAUUAGGAAAGGAAUUCCAAAAGAUCGAGUAGAGAAGCAUUUGCAAGAGGUUUGCGUUCAGAAGAUCAGCGAGUUGUCACGCUAUCAGAUGAUCUGGACUGACUCAGAUGGUUUUGUUUUGAAACCACAAGAACCAGGACGGUUAAUGACAAAGUACUAUCUAAAAUUCAACACAAUGAAGUACAUUAUGCAUGCGCCAGCAGUCUGCAGUUUGGAAGAAGCUCUUCAUGUUGUAUGCCGUGCCGAGGAGAUUUCUUGGAUACAACUCAGACGCAACGAGAAGAAGACCUUAAACGAUAUAAACAUGGACAAGGAAGGGCGACUGAGAUUCCACGUCAAUGAUAAUAAAGGAAAGCGAAAGAAACGCAUCCAAACAAGGGAAGAGAAAGUAUUUGUGCUGGUGAAUGAUUGGUUGACUGGGGAUCCUUCAGCACAUGAUUUAUCUAUGACUCAGGAUGCGAACUCGAUAUGUUCGAAUGGAUGCAGAAUUGCUAGAUGCAUGAAGGAGUACUUUGUAUACAAAAAGAAUUACAAGGGUUUUUUAAGUUCAACCCUUCUAACCAAAUCGCUCUAUCAAAAGCUUUGGGAUGACAGUCCAUAUUUGCUGAAACAAUUGCUUGGCAUUGGGAUGGUUACAGCAAAGGCACUUCACUCAAUGGGAGUCAGAUCAUUUGAAGCACUUGCUGAAGCUGAUCCAAGGAGGAUAGAGAUUGUCACUGGUCGGAAAUAUCCUUUUGGGAAUCACAUCAAGGAGUCCCUAUCGUCGCUUCCACCAAAAGUAGACAUAACGGUCAGAGAAGUUGAAUGCCAGAAGCAAGGCAUAUCGAAAAUAGCAGUCACGUUGACAAGGCUGUCAGAGCCUCUCCAAUCCACAAAACGACACUAUGCUGAUAUGAUUGUUGGUACAGAGGAAGAAAACCUCAUCCAUUUUCACGAGAAAAUAAGAAUGGAUGAUUUCUCCAGCCCCUAUAGCACAACCAUACUCCUUGAAAGGCCUCAACAAGCAAAAGUGACCGUGAAGGUUGACCUCAUAUUUGAGGAAUACAUUGGUCUUGAUCUCCAUGAGACACUUGUUCUGAAGAAGUGCAACAGCGCAAAAGUAAAUUAUGAACGCCGGACCAGUUUACCCCGACGUCAUCCCUCUUCGGAUGUGUGCAAAGUAGAGAAGGAUAACAAAAUUGAAUCAAGCAUGUCGGCCCAGAAGGAUCAGAACACCUCCAUGCCUACUUUCAAACUUAUAGAUGAAGAUUCAGGAGAAGAGAAUGAGCCUCAUAUUUCAAUGGAAGAAGAUGAUUGCAUGAUCAUCAACGAACGUACAGUCUUUGACCACAUACGUGAAAAGGCAAAGCGCUUUCCCUCAUUGAGCACUUGGAAUCCCGCCUCUCCAACACCAGAAAAACCAACUCGGAAAAGAAAUAGCUUACGGGGGGAAUUUCCUGAACUCAGUGCUGAAUUCCAUGCUUCUCAAGAAACACCGAGAAAUCAAAUUCCGCAAGAUCCUAUGUUGCGUACAGAUGCUAAAGACGAUGAACAAAAUAUAAACCCUGCGGAGAACCAAGGUGAAACGCAAAGGCCAUUCUCGGGUGAAACAAUAUUCGAUCACAUUCGGAAAAAGUCAAAGAAUUUCCCGGUGCUCAACGCAUCGAAGAUCGACCAUCCACAGAACUUCCUCCCUCGAAGCAAUCACUCAGGUAUCGAACACCUAAACGCAGAUCCUAUAAUCAUUUCUUGUCUAGAAGGUGGGAACGCAGAGGCCAUUUCCUCAGAGAAUUGCAGUAGAGCGUACGGAAUGCUUAGCCCUUCUCUGAAAAGGGCAAGCGUCGCUCUUGAUCCGUCACCCGUGGAAAUGCUGUCCUUUGAUAUUUCAAUGAUGAAGAGAAACACCAAGCAGGAGGAGGAGCUUGGGUCAUCUCAGUUCAAUACCAUGAAGCGUAAAGGCCUUUGCUCGUUGGUCCCAGGUAAGUCCGACGACUCUGAUUCUUUUCUUGGAUUCAAGAGCAUCUUCUCGUUCCUUUGAUUUCCUCGUUCCAUUUAGUCCACCUUGUUAAUCGGCAUCUACACACCCCUCAAGAAAAAUAAAAGAGCAUUUAGAAAACAAUAGGAACCCAUUAGGGCGAAGAAAAAAGGCACAAAUAAUGGGCUCUAACUUCUUUGUAAGUAGUGAUAUGCUUAAGGAAAAUAUUCGGCCCAAAUAAGCCAUAGAUGGGCCGAAGAAGAAAACACUUUUCCUCAAAGAGAACUACGUGCUGUUCACUAAGUUCUCAAACGAACUGCAUGGCGUCUGGGAUACAAAAAUUAGCUAAACCUUUUUUCCGACCCCACGGUACCUCUCCACUAACGGUACUGAAGCAACCCACCAACUAGAGGAUAAGACGCGUCAGCUUCACCCGUCGCUUCAACUUUUCUAACGAACCAUAGGAAAACAAAAUUCAAAAUAAAUUAAAAGAAAACGACUUUCCAUACCUCACCGUCACCGCCCAUGGGAAAAAGGAGAAAGGAGACGUGAUCUUUGAAGAGUAGAGGCCAGAAAGAUUUUGAGCCCCUGGUGCCUGAAAUCUAGGAAACACCCUGAACCCAAUCCUUGCAUAACAUGUGUAAUGCUAAAGAGUGAACAAAUUCAACGUGGCAGAUUUUUGGACCGGUUAGUUUAGAACCCAGUAGGAUUUUUUAGUUCCGUAUCGACUAAGUAAGAUGAAUAGGACAACAACACGUUCUUAAGGGGGUUAUCAGAGCAUUAAUUUUCUGAAAAAUAUAACAAUAUUUCAGGAGUUCUAUUUUCAUAAGUAUGGUCAGCGUAAUAUUAAAAAAUAUAGGCAUUGAAUAAGUCUGUAUUUAUCUAAAUUUUGUAAAAUAUUAAAAGAAAGUCAAUAUUUAUAAAAACAAAUUCUAAGAAUCGAAGAAAUAUAUAGAAAUGAAAAUUUUGGAAACAUACGAAGCCUUUUUAUCAAAAAGAAUGGAAAGAAAAAGGUUAGACUGCUGAGAUUUAACUGUAGGUCAACGAGACUGAUUCACUUUUUCAAAUAUUAUUGAUCAAAUAACUGGAAGGAGGUAUUAAUUACUACUUCUAGUAGAUCAGCAAGUGUCAAAUGCCAAAGAAAUGGAUAGCGUGAUCUUGUCUCAGGUUUCUAUUAUGGACGGUGUAGCAGUGAGUAUGUACGCAGGUAACAUGUGGAAACUACGUAAAAGGAUUAGUGUGUAAUUUUUUUGUGAGAAAAAAUUUACUGUUUAGGUUUUUAGUAAACAUCUGUCUCGGUUGUGGUUGA